AUGGCCAAUGGAAAAAUUGGCCAUGAAAACCCUAUGAAUAGCGGCAGAGCAUUUUUCGAUGUUGUGCUGCAAGAUGAGGGGAUAGCACAGGAGGACCAGCCUGCUAGCAUCAGUGACUGUGCUCUUUGCCCCACCCACCUCACACAGCAGCAGCACCACAAGGAGCUGGGCAAGUGCACCACACCCCACUCUCCCCGUGCAGCAGCCCUGCAGCAACCAGACUGUGUCAUCGUGCGGCUUUCAGAAUUAGCCGUUCAAGUAGAUGAGUCAAACAAGGAAACACAAUUGGUGAAGAACUCCAUUGCAGAAGGUCAUGUUUCCCUGAGGCUGGAGGAAGUCACUCCCUUGGAUGCUGGCCUGUAUGGCUGCUGGUUCAGAUCCCAGGUUAAUGACCAGGCGGCCAUCUGGGGCUGCAGAGUUAGCUCGCUGGGCUCAGCUCUUCUCACUUCUAUCAUGGGAUAUGUUGAUGGAGGCAUCCAUCUACCCUGCAAGUCCUCACGUUGGUUCCCUCAAUGCACAGUCAAGUGGAAAGGUCCACAGGGACAUGAUUUGCUCUCAGACUCAAAGGCGAAUACAGACAGACACAGCCUGUUUGCUGGGGAGACCUCCUUUACAGUCCAAGAAAAUGCUGGGAGCACAUCAUGCGUGGGAUCCAGGAUACGGAUAGGAGAGACAUUUUUCCAGCCCUCAGCCUGGCGCCUGCCCUCUAUUUUACUGGGAUUACUCUGCUUUGUCCUAGGUGCUGUAACCCAUAGAAAUACUCCCCAGAAGGUGCCUGAUUGGAAGAAGAGAUUUACAAGGACGUGUGCAGUGGUUUCUCAGGAUUUCCAAGCAGGGAAACAUUGCUGGGAGGAGGACAUGGGACACAAAAGCCAGUGUUUGGGAAUGUGCUGGGACAACAUGGACAGGAGGGCAGAGAAUGUGACUUUUUCUCUCAACAAUGGGUACUGGGUCCUCAGACUGUGGAGAAAACACUCGUGUUUCACAUUGAAUCCCCAUAGAAUCAGCCUUUCUUCAGGCAGCCCCCCUAAAUGAGUGGGGAUCUUCAUGGACUACAAAGGUGGGGCCAUGUCCUUCUUCAGUACAAAUGACCAGUCCCUCAUUUGUAGCCUGACCCAUCACUUUGAAGGCUUAUUGAGGUCCCACUUUUGGUGUGAAAAGUAA